AUGGCCACAACGCUGCCAUAUCGACCGUCAAAUGACUCCCUCUCCACCUCCAAUCCCAAAACCAAUGGCCUCCCUCGACUCUCCCCUUCACCUUCCUUCAUCGGCCGAUCACCGAGCGGCUCCCAGAUGUCAUUUCGACGCACAUCAACCGAAAAUGCACCUGGUUACAGGCAGCGCCGAUGCAAGUCACAAUACCCGCUAGACUCGUCGGAGCGCCAUGUGGAGUAUAUCCUGGUGGCGUCUUUCCACAUUGAUCGGGGUCCGAUUAUGGAGCAUCAGUAUCCCGCCGCAAUCAGUGGUGACGAGAGCAUGUUGGCAGAGCUGAUGCUGCCCGAUCAAACGCACGUGCGAAGCCAGGAUUGGACCAUUUUCUUCUUGCAUAAGGACACUAGCGGUGAAGAAGAGGAAGAGACGGAAGACGGCAAGAAAAAGAAGAAACGCAAGUCCAAGUACCACGCCAACGAGGAAGCCGCCCACCUUCAAGAUGAACAGCCUGAUGACACCUCGGAAGGGGAGAGCAGUGAUGACGAAGAGGGCGGAGAAGGUCCACCUUUGAUGUAUGUCCUGAACUUGGUGAAUACCAAGCAAGAUAAUACAGUUCGGAGAGGUGCAGUCGUCAAGGCCAUGGCAAUCUGUACAAGGCAUUCGUUCCUUCACAUCUACAAGCCACUUCUACUCCUCGCACUCGAAGACUAUUUCAAAUCGCCAUUUCCCGAGACCCUUGCUUCCCUCUAUGAUGCUGUGAACUCUAUGGACCUCUCGCUAAUGCCCAAAAUGUCCUUAUUGGAACGCCACAUCUUACAGUCCAGCAACACAAAGGAGAUGUUCAUUGAAAAGUUCGAACAAAUGGUGCGCCAGCGGGAAGAAGAGGAGGCGGUAGAGAACGGAGAUGUCCCUCCAUCGCCAAAGAAAAUGAGUCGAUACGUUCUUCCACGGGACACCCACGAAUUCGAGUCGAAAGUGGUCUAUAACGACAUCCCCAUUCCUGUCAAGAUCCCCACAGUAAUUUGGCCCGAGACCGUUGGAGACUUUUCUCUCGUCAAACUCAUUCAGACCUUCGCUGGACCCCAUGCCACUUCUCCUCAACCUUUCCCGAGCCAUCCCCAUUUGACUACGAGUGGCCCGCUCACUCAUCCGGUCAUUGUCCUCGUCAACGCCAUUCUUACCCAGAAACGGGUGGUAUUCCUGGGACAUAAUCGUCCGUCAGGAGAGGUAGCUGAGGCAGUCCUAGCAGCCUGUGCUCUUGCAUCUGGCGGUGUUCUGCGUGGAUUCACGCGCCACGCCUUCCCUUACACUGAUCUCACUAAGAUCGAUGAUCUUCUCAAAGUUCCUGGUUUCAUUGCUGGGGUGACAAAUCCGACUUUUGCAAAUCAUCCAGAAUGGUGGGAUGUGCUGUGUGAUUUACCAACCGGUCGAAUGAAGAUCUCCAGUCAUGUUGAGCCUGCCCCGGUAACAGAGGGGCUUCUGUUCUUCCAACAACAGAAUUCUCUCUUACCCAGCCAGGCUUCCAAUUCCAACCAAGAUCCCACGGGGGAUAAUCUGUUCGUGGAGGACAUUCUCCGUAGCAUUAGCCAACGUCACGGUGAGAAUGCGAUCCGGGCGAAAUGGCGGGCCUACAUUAUGAAGUUUGUCCGUGUCGCUGCAGCCUUUGAGGAGGCUGUCUACGGGGCCUCCAAUCUUUAUAUCAUUGGCCCUGGCGAGGAACUAUCCCCUGACAGUCCCACGGGCCAGCAAACAGAUGCUUCGGACCCAUCAUCCCUUCGGGGCCACGGAUACGUAUGGUCAGACGAAGUUGCUAAGCAACGUGAGCUGUCGGCAUCUGUUUCCAGAAUCGAGGGCUGGCGUAACACCCGAUCAUAUUAUUCUUACAUUCAGGAUAUUGCAGCCAAGUAUUGGCCUGCGCGCCCUAUUCAGCGACCUGACCUGAAUCACCACCACGACCGAUUGCGGUCUUUGAAGUUAUCCCAUGCGGAUGCGGGUGCCAUCUACCUCGCUCUCUCCCAUGCAGUAAAAGACUAUGCUGGCAUCUGUCAAUUGCUGGCAGUUGCCCCGGAGAACCAGGCUGGCCUGUUCUACCUCAGUAUGGGUCUUUUCCAUCCGGACCAGGUCGUCCGCGAAGCGACAUGCGACUUACUCGAACGAAUCGGCGCACAUCCAGCUGGGCGACAUUUCUGGUCUCAUCUAAGUCGAUUCGCGAAGCUGGGUUACUUCCGGGUUAAACGAGACCGUGAUGCCGCUCAAAGUCCUGUUUCGGGUCCUGUCUCCGGUGCUGGCUCCGGUGCUACCUCUCCCACGCUACACACCGGUACUAGCUUUGGCGGUGAACCACAGAGUCUCGUUGGUGUUGCUCUUGGUGAUAGCUUCAAACGCCAGAGCUGA